CUCUUUUUGGUCUUGCAUUGUCCCGCCCGCCGCAACCGCCGCCCACGGAGACUUGUUUUUGCCCCUCAGCCCCUCUUUCAUCACUGGUUGUGAGUCUGGUGAUCGCUGCCCGGCUGAGUCGGAGAGAGUGACCAAAUAAAUGACUACCUACGCCUUAAUAUUAAACCUCUCUCCUUCCUGGACUAUCUUUGAAACUCCCAUCUGGAAAACCCGCCGUUUGUAAACUCAGCCACGACACCGUAGCGCCGUUCGCCAUCGUCUCUCCAACGUUUUGUCUCGAAUGCCAUCUUCGACAGAGCCAAAACUUCCCAGGUCACAUCUGGAAGGACUUUACGCCACUUGUGGAGCUCUUGGCGCCUUAAGUGGAACAGCUCUCCACACCUUAUCGGUCCCCUAGCCUUCGAUAGAAAGUUCCAAAAAGUCGAGAGGGCAUUUCCAUCUCUUCUAGGACGUUAAACUCAGCAACUCCAAAGGAGGCGUCAACUUGACCAUUGCCGAGAUGGUUCGCGAGAGUGGCAUCUCGGCUACCAAGCCAGUCUUUCCUACUUUCUUACUGCCCAGCAUAAAGCUUCCCUUCUCCCGACGCCACUCGGUCUCCUCGAGUUCAGCAGAAUCUGCCGCAUCUUCAGCGGUGACAACACCAGCGAGCUCGCCCCCGAACGAAGGAAUUCUUGCAAAAGCGCCUAGAGGUCGAUUGUCCCGUACAUCUCCGAAUACGCUUCGUUGUUCAACAUGCUCUGUCGAUGUUGCUUUUGCUUCUCAGGUCAUAUCUAAAGGCUUCACCGGCCGGUACGGUCGUGCGUUUCUUGUGGCCCCGCCUGCGCCUCCUGCGGCCCAGACAUUGAGCAACAUCCGAGUUGGUAAGAGUGAGAAUCGCCAGCUUGUGACAGGAUGGCAUGUCGUUGCAGACAUCAACUGCGGGUCAUGCUCGACAAAACUUGGCUGGAAGUAUGUGGACGCUAAAGAACAAGGCCAGAAGUACAAAGUUGGAAAAUUCAUCCUCGAGAUGGAACGAGUGGUUACGUACCGGAGUUGGGAGGAUGCAAUUGAUGAGGAUGUUGCAGAGACUGCCACGCCAGGCAAGGAUGGCGAGGAAGAGGAUAUUGAAUUUGAUUCUGAUGAUGAUGAUGAAUGCGAAGAUAUAUUUGCAGGGACUUGGGACCCUGAGGUCGUAGAAGAGAGGCGAAGGAGAAUCGUGUCACGUCGAAGCCAAGCCGAGAGCGACGAGUAGUCAUCGUUGCUGCGGUAUUGCCUUGAGAUCAUGAACUGGGCUUGAGUUAUGCAUUGGAUAGGCGUCAAGGGAUGGAUAUUGGGUUGCGAUAACGGGAUAGGAUAAAUACCCUGAAGAGAUGGACGGACAGAAACAAAGGAGCGCCAACUCACGAAGCGGCUUUGACUUCUCCCCAUAUUUUAGAGAUUGUUUCAAAUCGAGUCUGUGUUUCACUUGAUAAAAAGAAA